AUGCCGCCAGCCACAAACCAUUUCAGAGGAUACCUGUCUUUAAGUUGUUUUAAAGUCAUUCUGUUCUGGGCUACAAGCUUCUCCUCUGGGGAGGUCCAGGAGCAGCUCAUCAGCUCCUUGUAUCAGCCGGCCGGAGUGGCCCCCGAGUCGCUGGAGUACAUUGAAACCCACGGCAUGGGCACCAAGGUGGGUGACCCCCAGGAGCUGAAGGGCAUCGGCCAAGCCCUGUGUGCCACCCACCAGGAGCCACUGCUGAUCGGCUCCACCAAGUCCAACAUGGGGCACCCAUAGACAGCCUCGGGGCUGGCAGCCCUGGCCAAGGUGCUGCUGUCCCUGGAGCACAGGCUCUGGGCCCCCAACCUGCACUUCCACAACCCCAACCCUGAGAUCCCAGCACUGCUGGACAGGCGGCUGCAAGUGGUGGAGCAGCCCCUGCCCGUCCGUGGUGGCAAUAUGGGCAUCAACUCCUUCGGCUUUGGGGGUUCCAACGUACAUGUCAUCCUGAAGCCCAACACACAGCCGCCCCCAGCACCUGCCCCACACGCCACCCUGCCCCAUCUGCUGCAGGCCAGUGGAUGCACCCCCGAGGCCAUGCAGAAACUGCUGGAGCAGGGCCUCCAGCACAGCCAGGACCUGGCCUUCCUGAGCAUGCUGAAUGACAUUGCAGCUGCCUCCACCACUGCCAUGCCCUUCCGUGGCUACGCCAUGCUGUGUGGCAAGAGCAGUGGCCUGAAGGUGCAGCAGGUGCCCACUGGCGAGCGCCCACUCUGGUUCAUCUGCUCUGGGAUGGGCACGCAGUGAUGUGGGAUGGAGCUCAGCCUCAUGUGCCUGAGCCUCUUCCGAGACUCCAUUCUACGCUCUGACGAGGCUGUGAACCCACUCGGCCUGAAGGCGUCACAGCUGCUGCUGAAAGACGAGAGUACCUUUGACAACAUCAUCCACGCCUUUGUGAGCCUGACCGCCAUCCAGAUAGGCCUCAUAGACCUGCUGAGCUGCAUGGGGCUGAGGCCAGAUGGCAUCAUCGGUCACUCCCUGGGGAAAGUGGCCUGUGGUUACGCUGAUGGCUGCCUGUCCCAGGAGGAAGCUGUUCUCUCCGCCUACUGGAGAGCGCAGUACAUCAAAGAAGCCAACAUCCCAAAAGGCGCCAUGGCAGCUGUGGGCUUGUCCUGGGAGGAGUGUAAGCAGCGCUGUCCCCCGGGCAUGGUGUCUGCCUGCCACAACUCUGAGGACAUGGUGACCAUCUCGGGGCCUCAGGGCCCGGUAUACGAGUUCGUGGAACAGCUGAAGCAGGAGGGCGUGUUUGCCAAGAAGGUGCGGAUGGGCAGCAUGGCUUUCCACUCCUACUUGAUGGAGGGCAUCGCACCCCCGCUGCUGCAGGCACUCAAGAAGAUGAUCCAGGAGCUGAAGCCACGAUAGGCCUGCUGGUUCAGCACCUCCAUCCUCGAGGCCCAGUGGCACACCAGCCUGGCAUACACAUGCUCCCCUGAGUACAACGUCAACAACCUGGUGAGCCCCGCGCUGUUCCAGGAGGCCCUGGGGCACUUGCCUGAGCAUGCAGUGGUGCUGGAGAUCGUGCCCCACACCCUGCUGCAGGCUGUCUUGAAGUGUGGCCUGAAGCCAAGCUGCACCAUCAUCCCCCUGAUGAAGAAGGACCACAGGGACAACCUGGAGCUAUUCCUCACUGGCAUCAGCAAGCUGCACCUCUCAGGCAUUGAUGCCAACCCCACUGCCUUGUUCCCACCUGUGGAGUUCCUGGUUCCCCGAGGAAUGCCCCUCAUCUCCCUGCUCAUCAAGUGGGACCACAGCCUGGCCUGGGAUGUGCCAGCCGCCGAGGACUUCCCCAGUGGUUCUGGUUCCCCAUCGGCCACCAUCUACACCAUUGACACCAGUCCUGAGUCUCCUGACCACUACCUGGUGGACCACCGCAUCAACGGCCGUAUCGUCUUCCCUGCCACUGGCUAUCUGUGCCUCGUGUGGAAGAUGCUGGCCCGUGCCCUGGGCCUGGCCGUGGAACAGCUGCCCGUGGUGUUUGAGGACGUGGAGGUGCACCAGGCCACCAUCCUGCCUAAGACUGGGACCAUGUCCCUGGAGGUGUGGCUCCUGGAGGCCUCCCACACCUUCGAACUGUCAGAGAGUGGUCACCUGAUAGUGAGUGGGAAGGUGUAUCAGUGGGAGGACCCUGACCCCAGGCUCUUUGACCACCCGGAAAGCCCUGCCCCCAGCCCCAGGGAGCCAUUCUUCCUGGUCCAGGCUGAAGUGUACAAGAACCUGCGUCUGUAUGGCUACAAAUAUGGCCCUCACUUCCAGGGCAUCCUGGAGGCCAGCCUGGAUGGCAACUUGGGUAAGCUACUAUGGAUGGACUACUGGGUGCCCUUCCUGGAUGCCAUGCUGCAGAUGUCCAUCCUGAGCAAAAGCCAGUGCAGCCUGCUGCUGCCCACCCGCAUCACUGCCAUCCACAUCGACCCUGCCACCCACAGGCCGAAGCUGUACACACAGCAGGACGAGGCCCAAGUGGCUGAUGUGGUGGUGAGCAGGUGCCUGAAGACCACAGUGACUGGAGGCGUCCACCUCUUCCUGCUCCAUGCCUCAGCAGCCCCGCGGCGACAGCAGGAACACUGGGCGCCCAUCCUGGAGAAGUUUUGUUUCACGCCCCAUGUGGAGGAUGGGUGCCUAUCUGGGAACACUGCUCUGAAGGAGGAGCUGUGGCUGUGCAAGGGACUGGUGCAGGCACUGCAGACUAAGGUGACCCAGCAGGGGCUGAAGAUGAUGGUGCCCAGACUGGAUGGGGCCCAGGUCCCCCAGGACUCCCUGCAGCAGGCACUGCCCCAGCUGCUGUCAGCUGCUUGUGAGCUUCAGCUUAACGAGAAUCUACAGCUGGGGCUGGCACAGUUGCUUGCCCAGGAAAUGUUUGAGUUGCCAGAGGACCCUCUGCUCAGUGGCCUCCUGGACUCCCUAGCACUCAAGGCCUGUGUGGACACAGACCUGGAGAACAUCCCCAGCCUGAAGAUGAAGGUGGUAGAGGUGCUGGCUGGCCAUGGUCACCUGUAUUCCCACAUCCCAGGCCUGCUCAACACGCAGCCCCUGCUGCAGCUGAGCUACACGGCCACUGACCACCACCCUCAGGCCCUGGAGCUGCAGCAGCAUGGCAUCGCCCAGGGCCAGUGGGACCCCUCGGACCCUGCCCCCAGCGCCCUGGGCAGCACUGAUCUCUUGGUGUGCAACUGUGCAGUGGCUGCUCUCAGGGACCCAGCCUCAGCCCUUGGCAAUAUGGUGGCUGCCCUGAGAGAGGGUCCAGUGGGAGGGCACAUCCCAGAGGAAGUCCGGUGCAGCGAGGAGGCGGCCUUGGUGCCCGUCGUCUACACCACAGCCUACUAUGCACUGGUGGUGCGCGGGCGGGUGCAGCGCAGGGAGACGGUGCUCAUCCACUCAGGCUCGGGUGGCAUGGGCCAGGCCGCCAUCGCCAUCGCCCUCAGUCUGGGCUGCCACGUCUUCACCACCAUGAGGUCGGCCGAGAAACAGGCAUACCUCCAGGCCAGAUUCUCCCAGCUUGACAGCACCAGCUUCACCAACUCGAGGGACACGUCAUUCGAGAAGCAAGGCGGGAAGGGCGUUGACCUGGUCCUGAACUCCUUGGCGGAAGAGAAGCUGCAAGCCAGCAUGAGGUGCUUGGCUCAGCACGGCCGCUUCCUGGAAACUGGCAAAUUUGACCUUUCUAACAAUCACCCGCUUGGCAUGGCCAUCUUCUUGAAGAACGUGACCUUCCACAGGAUCCUUCUGGACUUGCUCUUCAACUAUGCCAGUGCUGCCUGGCGGGAGGUGACAGCACUUUUGCAGCCUGGCAUCCACAAUGGAGUAGUGCAGCCCCUCAAGUGCACCGUGUUCCCCAGGACCCAGGUGGAGGACGCCUUCCACUACAUGGCCCAGGGGAAGCACAUUGGCAAAGUCGUCACGCAGGUGCGUGCGGAGGAGCCGGAGGCUGUGCUGAAGGGGGCCAAACCCACGCUGAUUGCGGCCAUCUCCAAGACCUUCUUCCUGCCCCACAUGAGCUAAGUCGCCGCCGGUGGCCUGGGUGGCUUCGGCUUGGAGCUGGCCCAGUGGCUGAUAAAGCGCGGGGCCCAGAAGCUGGUGCUAAUGGCUCGCUCCGGGAUCCGGACAGGCUACCAGGCCAAGAAGGUCCGAGAGUGGAGGCAUCUGGGCGUGCAGGUGCAGGUGUCCACCAGCAACGCCAGCUCGCUGGAGGGGGCCCGGGGCCUCAUCGCCGAGGCUACGCAACUCAAGCCCAUGGGCGGCAUCUUCAACUUGGCCAUAGUCUUAAGAGACGCCAUGCUGGAGAAUUAGAGCCCAGAGUCCUUCCAGGACAUCAGCAAGCCCAAGUACAGCGGCACCCUGAACCUGGACAAGGUGACCCGGGAGGCAUGUCCUGAGCUGGACUACUUCGUGGUCUUCUCUGUGAUCUAUGGGCGCGGCAAAGCAGGACAGACCAACUAUGGCUUUGCCAACUCCACCAUGGAGCGCAUCUGCGAGAAACACCUGCACGACGGCCUCCCAGGCCUGGCCAUGCAGUGGGGCGCCAUCGGCGAUGUGGGCAUGGUGCUGGAGGCAAUGGGCACCAACGACAUGGUCAUCAGGUGCACACUGCCCCAGCGCAUGGCCUCCUGCCUGGGGGUGCUGGACCUCUUCCUGAACCAGCCCCAUGCCGUCCUGAGCAGCUUCGUGCUGGCUGAGUAGGCUGCGGCCUACAAGGAUGGAGACGGCCGGCGGGACCUGGUGAAGGCCGUGGCACCCAUCCUGGGCAUCCGCGACUUGGCUGGUGUCAACCUGGACAGCUCCCUGGCGGACCUGGGGCUGGACUUGCUCAUGGGCGUGGAGGUGCGCCAGACACUGGAGCACGAGCACGACCUGGCACUGUCCAUGUGUGAGGUAAGGCAGCUCACGCUCCGGAAGCUGCAGGAGCUGUCUUCGAAGGCAGAGCUGGCAUCCCCCACGCCCAAGAACAGCCCGGCCCAGCAGCAGAGCCAGCUGAACCUGCGCUCCCUGCUGGUGAACCCCGAGGGCCCCACCAUGACACGGCUCAACUCCGUGCAGAGCUCCUAGCGGCACCUGUUCCUGGUGCACCCAAUCGAGGGCUCCACCAUUGUGUUCCACAGCCUGGGCUACAGGCUCAGCAUCCCCACCUAUGGCCUGCAGUGCACCCGAGCUGCCCUCCUAGACAGCAUCCACAGCCUGGCCGCCUACUACAUCGACUGCAUCCGGCAGAUGCAGCCCGAGGGCCCCUACCGCGUGGCUGGCUACUCCUAUGGGGCCUGCUUGGCCUUUGAGUUGUGCUCCCAGCUGCAGGCGCAACAGAGCCUGGCCCCUACCAACAACCGCCUCUUCCUGUUUGACGGCUCGCACACCUACGUGCUGGCCUACACGCAGAGCUACCGGGCAAAGCUGACCCCAGGCUGCGAGGCUGAGGCCGAGACAGAGGCCAUGUACUUCUUCGUGCAGCAAUUCACCGACGCGGAGCACAGCAGGGUGCUGGAGAUGCUGCUGCCGCUGAAGGGCCUGGAGGAGCGCGUGGCAGCCGCCGUGGACCUGAUCACCAAGAGCCACCAGGGCCUGGACCGCCAGGAGCUGAGCUUCGCAGCCCUAUCCUUUUACUACAAGCCGCGCGCCGCCAAGCAGUACACGCCCAAGGCCAAGUACCACCGCAACGUGACGCUGCUGCGCGCCAAGACGAGCGGCGCGGAUUACAACCUCUCUCAGGUGUGCGACGGAAAGGUGUCUGUCCACAUCAUCGAGGGUGACCACCGCACGCUGCUGGAGGGCCGCGGCCUGGAGUCCAUCAUCAGCAUCAUCCACAGCUCCCUGGCUGAGCCACCUGUGAGUGUGCGGGAGGCCUAGGUCCCACCCCCGCCUGCCCCUGGGAGGC